GGAAGGGAUCCAAUGUUGACAUUGUAGGCCUAGUAAAUGUAAUUGUUACAAGCUGGGCAGUAAACGGAAGAAAAGGAGACCAUGGCUCAGUUUGCUGUAAUUGAGCAAGCUAAAAAAUCCCUGAAGACCGUUCAGGAGUACAUUAAAGUGGGAAUGGAAACCACGCUAGAUGUCGCUCAGGAUUUUGCUGACAGUAAAAUUGAAAGUGAGAAGGAAAUAGAUAUUCUGAAGAGUGUGAUGAAGGACUACGUACAGAUGGAGAGAGAUUUAGAUGAUUUCAUGAACAGUGUAGAUGAUGUAACAAAACAGGCUGCACAAUCACAGGAGACUGUAGAUUUGGAGGAGGCAGUGGAGGGAAAGUUACAGGUCUAUAAGAGCAAAAGUCAGAAGGUUCCACUGGAAAACCACGAGAAAUACAUGGACUUGGCGGAGAAAAUUACAGAAAUACUUCAUCCAGACAGACAGGUGGACAGUGUGCGUCAGACCCCCACCUAUACUGGGGACGAGGAGAUGGUACUGACACAGACUGACAUUAACACCAGGUGUCCCUACACAGGAAAAGACAUGGUCCAUCCCGUCAAGAACCGCCACUGUGAACACAACUAUGACAGGGAGGGGAUUCUACACUACAUCAAAACAAAGAAGAAUAAGGCAAAGUGUCCAGUGAGUGGUUGUAUGAAUGAGAAUCCAAUCCAGAAAGACGAUUUAGUAGAAAACAAAGAACUGAAGAGAUAUAUAGACAGAAAACUCCGCACAGAAAAGAGGACAAAGAAGUCUAGUUGAUGUUAAUGUCGUGGAAUUACCACAUAGUGUUCAUGGUCAGUGUCUGACAGUAUGCAGUUGAUGGAAUUCAUAGGGUAAAUGAGAAUGAAACAUAUAACAAAUGGACUCACUAACUGUGUCAGACGAAAUGUUCUGAGCUUGGUUUUUUAAGAUAAAGGAUUUUACUGCUGUGUGAUAACAGAUUUCUUUCUAAUCCAAGUAAACUUGAUUUUAUUUUCAA